AUGCCCGUGAAUCGUGGCUACUUGCUCAAGGGCGUCUACGAUGCAGCGCCUCUCUCCUCCAUAGGGCACGAGUCAACAAUUCCCAAGGGUAAUUUUGAAGACAUGGUUUUUCUACCCAGCAGCUGCCAGGGCAAAACCUGGCUCCUGGACAACUUUCAAGAAACCUGCAGUGAAUCCAGCAGCUGCCAAGUGAACAGCAGUGGACGGGAUCGGUGCACCGAGGAUCGGCGUCUGCAAAGUGCCUGCCGCCCCCGAGCUGCCCAAGGAGAUGGUUCUAGCUCCAUGUCCUGUGAAAGAACAACUCGCCAAUCUGGAAAUUCCAUGGAAGUGCUGGAGCGCGUUUCUCAGUCUUACCAGUCAGGGAGCUGCCAGCCACGGGGGUUUGCCAGCCAGAGCUGCCAACCUAUGAUUUCCAUGGCAAAAGGUGGUCCUUCCAAGACACACAUGUCUGAGAGCUUCCAAUCGAUGGAAUGUGAAUCCAGCCAAUCCCAGAGCUCGGCAUCCAACUCCUGCAGACCUCUGCUCCGUGGGACACCAGGAUCACGAAUCCUCGAGUCUUCUAGCUCUUAUCAGAAGUCUUGCUGUGUCACUGGUGGUGGUUUGUAA